AGCAACAGGCGAAGAUAAAAUUGACAAUAAAACAAACUAUUACCCCUCAAGGCGAAGCUAUACUUAGUAAAUAUUUACAAUGCUGCACUAAGACUUGGACACUUCCCAAUCGCCUGGAAGCAUGCGGAGAGAAACUCAUACUGACAAAACUCCCAGGCUUCACCGUGGACGACGCUGCCAAAAUCAGCGCCAUGACGUCACGCCACUCCACUCACCAACAGCAGCCAUUCCAACGAUUAUGCAGAUGCUGGCGCCUGUUGCCGCUCCACUGGGUCGCACCCGUCUCUCAUGCCAUUAUGUAAGGGCGGGAUGGCCCGGUGUUGAGCCGACGGACGCCAGCAAAUCCUGCAAAGGAAGAAGAAACAGGAGGGAGAAGCAGACUGCCAAAACACAAAUACUCACCUGCUGUUUUACGCCAACACAAACCAGACAAGGGUCGCCACAAAUAACAUUCGGACCCGAGCCGCUCGUCAAUGAACACUUUUGCCCACGAUGCACGCCAUCUCCAAGUCCAGCCAUCGCCACUAAAGAUCCCAGGUGGUGCCACUAAUCCUGCACAGGGGGACAACGGAGCCGGCCGGUAUGCGGCGCAAUGUUCUGCAUUGCGUUUGCCAUGCCGGCCGGUGCUUCG